CCUGCUGAGAGGCAGAUGGCAGGCUCAGAAGCUCAGAGUGGGGAUGAACCCUGCUCAGAGCCACUCUUAUUCACCCUCCCCCUCUCUCCCUCCCUCCCCCCUCCCCUCUGCAGCAUUCCCCAGGAUUUGUCAGAGGCCCUGAAGGAGGCCACCAAGGAGGUGCACGUCCAGGCAGAGAAUGCCGAGUUCAUGAAGAACUUUCAGAAGGGCCAGGUGACCCGGAAAGGAUUUAAGCUGGUGAUGGCCUCCCUGUACCACAUCUACGUGGCUCUGGAGGAAGAGAUCGAGCGCAACAAGGAGAACCCCGUCUAUGCCCCCCUCUACUUCCCCGAAGAGCUGCACCGCAGGGCCGCCCUGGAGCGGGACAUGGCCUUCUGGUACGGGCCCCGCUGGGAGGACGCCAUCCCCUACACGCAGGCCACCAGGCGCUACGUGCGGCGGCUCCACGAGGUGGGGCGCAAGGAGCCGGAGCUGCUGGUGGCCCACGCCUACACCCGCUACCUCGGCGAUCUGUCCGGGGGCCAGGUCCUCAAGAAGAUUGCUCAGAAGGCCCUGGACCUGCCCAGCUCCGGGGAGGGCGUGGACUUCUUCACCUUCCCCAACGUCGCCAGCGCCACCAAGUUCAAGCAGCUGUACCGCUCCCGUAUGAACACUCUGGAGAUGACCCCCGAGGUCAGGCAGAGGGUCAUCGAAGAGGCCAAGGCUGCGUUCCUGCUCAACAUUCAGCUGUUUGAGGAGCUGCAGGAGCUGCUGGGCCAGGACGCCGAGGACCAGAGCCCCUCGCAGGCACCGGGGCUGCGCCGGCGGGUCGGCAGCGGGGUGCGAGAUGCUGCUCUCACGGAGACUCCCAGAGGGAAGCCCCAGCCGAACCUUCUCUCCCAGGCGCCGCUCCUCCGAUGGGUCCUUACCCUCAGUUUUGUGGUGGCAACGGUUGCUGUGGGGCUUUAUGUCAUGUGAUUGCAAGGGUGCUGGCCCCUCAGGCUGUGAACUCUGUCCCACCGAGGGCCCUCUUUCUGGAGAGGGCACGUCUCUUGGCUGGCUUCCUUACUGUAGGCAAGGGGGGCUGUCUGGGCCCCCCGCCUGCCCUGUCCCUGCGUCCCUCUCUCUCUGGAAAGGGAGGAAGAGCCUGCGGCAUCUUCCCCAACCGAAAGCACAUCCAACUCAAUGACUUGCACUUCCAAACUGGGAUGAGGGGUCCUGCCUGGACCCUCAGCAGCCCCCGUUCCUGCAGCAGAGCCCAGAAGACAUGGCCAGAAGUGGCAGCUGUCUUGAACCUCCCCAUGCCCCGAGUUCGCGGUCUCCUUGACACGCCAUGACCGCUUGCCCCGUGGGCCAUGGCAAUUUUUAUACAAACGUGCAAAGA